AUGACGAUGGAGCCAAAGCUGGACAAGGUCAUCACCCUAGGCCAGGAAGAUGACAACGUCUCUUCUGCCGAGGGCAAACUCGAAACCCUCUCUGACAUGGAUGGAAUCCGAAGACGCCUAAUGCCCGCGUCCCUUCAGGGCCUCCCCUCUGACGAGUUGGAGGCCCUCAACAAGAAACUCGUCCGCAAAAUCGACUUCUUCAUCUUACCCGUGAUCGGGAUACUAUACAUCCUGAACUAUAUCGAUCGUCAAAACCUGUCCGCCGCAAAACUUCAAGGGAUCACAGAAGAUCUGCAUAUGACCACUCAACAAUUCGCGACAGCCGUCUCCAUCCUGUUUGUCGGUUAUCUCCCCUUUCAGAUCCCGAGCAAUCUGAUAAUCAGCAAAAUCUCUCGUCCCGGAAUGUACAUCUGCAUCGCAGUCUCGAUCUGGGGCGCAAUCUCCGCCGCCACGGCAUCAGUGCGAACGUACGGGCAACUCCUCGCCGUGCGCGCCAUCCUCGGCGUCGCAGAGGCGGUCUUCUUCCCCGGUGCAAUCUACUAUCUUUCUGCGUGGUACACAAAGCGCGAACUCGGCAAACGCAUCGCGGGGUUGUACAUUGCACAACAAGUCGGAAACGCGUUUGGUGGGUUGUUCGCUGCCGGGAUCAUGCAAUUGGAUGGCACGCAUGGGAUUCGUGGGUGGCAAUGGCUCUUCAUUAUCGAGGGUAGUGCCACCGUCGGCAUUGGCAUUGUUUGUGCCUGCAUCAUGCCCGAAUUCCCACAUAACAGCCGCAUGCUCACCCCCUUACAACGCGAUCUCGCCGUCUGGCGCAUUGAGUCUGAAGCCGGAACCGCUGAAGCCGCCGAAUGGAGCAACACUUUCGGGACUGUGCUUCAAGCCCUAUCAGAUCCAAAACUUCUCCUCAUGAUUUUUUGCAAUAUGUUGUCCCAAGCCCAAGGCUCGAUUGCGAACUACUUCCCAACCCUGGUCAAAUCGCUCAAUUACUCUAGCACCAUCAGUCUAUUACUCACCGCGCCGCCAUACAUACUAGCCGGCAUUGUGUACUACGGGAUUAUGUACUACUCCGAUAGACGAAACACAUGCUACCCACUGAUCGUAGGCUGCAUCUCAAUCGCCAUAACCAUGUACAUAAUACCCAUGGCGACCACGAAUGUUGGCGCGAGGUACUUCUCCAUGAUGGUCCUCCCUUUCGCGUCUGUCGGGCCGCAAUUAUUGCUCUACAAAACCAUCAACGUGCACCUAGCUCGACCCAUCUCCAAGCGCGCAGUUGCAUCUGCGCUCGUCAAUGCAAUUGGCGGAACAUCAAACAUCUGGGCGUCGUAUUUGUAUUACCAGGCUCCCCAUUUCUAUGCCGCGUUUGGUACGUUGAUGGGUUGUGCUUUUUUGUUUGUGGCUACGAUCACGUUUUAUAGGUGGUUGGUUUUGAGGGAGAAUAGGCGUCUGGAUUCGGGGAAUUUGGAUCAGAUCGAGAAGGUCAUGAAGGGGGGUGUGACAGAGGAGAUGGUUCAGUUGAGUUGGCGAUAUGAGAUGUGUUAA